AUUGGGUCUGCUGUGCUGUUAACACAAGAGCAAAAGAAGAAAAGCAGAAAAAAAAGCAAGGAAAGAAAAAUUAAGCAAAAAUGAAAUUCUACGUAGCCAUCUUCUGCGCCUUGUUGGCAUACGCCGCCGCUGAUGUCUCUCAUUUGGCACAUAGCGGUUAUGACUAUCCAGCACCGGUUCAUGAGGAGGUUAAAUCUGAGCCGAUAGCGCCACAAAAUACUUAUGUACCACCAGCAGCACCAGCAGCCCCAGCACCUGCACCCGCGCCGAUAGCACCAGCACCAGCACCAGCACCAGCACUACCAGCUCCAAUAGCACCAGCACCAGCACCAGCACCAUCAGCUCCACAAAACACUUAUAUUCCGCCAGCACCCCCAGCACCAGCACCAGUAGCCCCAGCUGAAGUGGAUAUAAGAUCAGAACCAGUUGCCGCUCCUGCACCACCAUCACCACCAGCACCUGUCGCUCCAGCACCAGCACCUGCUGCACCAGAAAAUACCUAUGUUCCACCACCACCAGCCGCAUCUGCUCCGGAACCAUCUGCCACUCUCGAAGAUGAUGGUUAUCACUACAAGACCGUACGCCGUGUAGUCUACAGACAUCGUUUCUAAGUCAAGUGUAAAUUUGCUGUGGAAUAAAUGUACCUGAGUAAAACAGAAUU